AUGCAGUUGCCAUCGCUUCAGACAGUGAGAACGUUCCUCCUCACUGCAUCUGUCAUUACUAUCACGAUAGGUGGGACGCUCUAUGGAGCGGAAUUGAAGAGCAAGCAAGAGGUCAAACAGGCAAAUGAAAAACGCGAGCAAGCAACCAUUGACGAGAAGAUCGAGUCCCUCCAAACCAUGCGAGCAAACCUAGUUGCCAAGAAGGCCACGGUGGAAAAGCAGCUGCAGGAUCUUGAAGCGCGAAUGGAAGAAAAGAAGCGGAAAGGCCCUGUCGCCCGGGGCGGCAGCUCGACGGAAUCCUGA